AGUACGGUUGCUAUAUCAACUCAGCGGCCGACUGCAUCAGUAAAAUGGGCCGGCGAUAAUGGAAAAAUACACAUUAAUAAAUAAAAGUCACCUUAUCGCCGGCCGGUCGGCAGGCCAAUUGUCCAAAGCUAGAGAGAGAGAGAGAGAGAGAGAGAGUGACGAUCCAGCAGCAUCUAAGUAAGGAGGCCAGAGACAGAAGAGACAUGCACACGUAGUACUAUGGCCUAUUCUGUGUUGUCAAUACAUAAUAAAUUAAUAAUAUAUCCAGUUUUCACAAAAUAAAAUAUUAUAUUAUAUAUCCAGUUCAUCAUCAUAUGAUCAACUAGACAAACAAACAAACAAUAUCCAUUAUAUUAUUUCUCAAUAAUCGUACUACCAGAGCCAGACUGAUAGUCAAUUCUGAAUAUAUAUACAAUAAUGUAUAGUUAUUUAAAAUAAAAUAAAAAUAUUAGCGAUCAUAAGUAUUUGUCACAACUACAAGAAUACGAGUAAGAAAAAUAUCAAUUUCGUCUGCAUGACUUGAAAUUAACUUGAUCUUCUGAACGAGAAUGAUACGACCUUUUAGAAGUGAAAAAAUGAUAAUGUAUUCAGAUAAUCGAAAUGAUGAUGACCCCAUAUAGAAUCGACAAGUAUAUUCAUAUGUCAAUUUUAACCUCACUUAAUAAAUCAAGAAACGAACAUGAUGUGGCAAAUAACACAUAACAAUAACAUAACAUUCAUACAUCUACCAUAUCAUUAUACUAAGGGGUCGUUUGGAAGUUGCGAUUGUUUUGUUGAGAUUGUCAUUAUGCAUGUAUUGUUUACAAUGUAUCAUUUUUUUUGUUUUUUUAGUAUAAACAAUACAUGGAUUGUUUCUAUGAUGUGACAGAAACUAUCACUCAUUUUGAGUGAUUGUUAUAUCUCAACUUUUAGUUGUGAUUGUUGAGAUAGUUGAGUUGAGAUUGUUUUGUCUCAGCUUUUAGCUGAUGCGACAUACACAAUCACACAUACCAAACGUUGUAUUCUACAAUGCAUCAAAUUCGACAAUACAUGUAUAAUAUUAUACGUGCAUUCUCAACAAUACAUCUAUUUAACAAUCGCAACUUCCAAACGACUCCUAAAUCUCUCCAUUUCGAUAUUCAUAUAAUAUUAAAAGGAAGAAAAGUGGGAAAAAAAUAAUGGAACAAAUUUUACAAGAAAAAAAAAAAGUUAAGAACACAAAACUUAAGUACCUUAUACUUAAAAAAAUAAAGUCUGGUGACUGAUUUUAGGAGUGACCUUAAACUUAAGUCACCAAUUAGUAAUUAACCCUAUAUUUGAAUUUCUUUCCAUGAAGAGCGAAUCGUUUACCUCCGACUGAACAAGACAACUCACACCCAACUCUGUAUUUCUCAGUUUCUUUAUUCCCCUUCUCCUUCUUCGAUUCGAACUCUCCAUUUUUAUUUUGUGGGCGAUUUCAGUGACAGCGCCCACACAUCUCACUUACGCUUGCUUUCCCGUUGCCCUCUCACCACCUCCUUUCCAGUCAUAUUGAAGUAUCAACUCUGAGCUUUCGAGUCAACCCAGAACGAGCAAAAAAAUUCCCAUUUUCUCCAUCCUCUUCUCCCCUGUCUGGUUUGCGUUGAAAAUGAGCAGGAAAAUCGAGGUCAACGCGGGUACAAGAUCAGGAAUCGAAGUGGGUUUCAUGUGAAUAAACAAGUAAGUUUGUCUUUCUUCUUCUUCCUCCUUCCUGGUUUUGAUCAAAUUGGGAACCAAUGAGUUGAAGCAGCCAUGGAAAUUUAGGUAGUUUUUGGAGUGGCUAAGGUGAAUGGUUCAACACCCAUGUGGGUUCUUUUGUCCGUUUUAGAAGUUGGAAUUGAUUCCUUGAUUGUAUGGUAAGGGAGGGUUUUUAACCUUUUCCACCAUUUGUAUCUCGUGCAACAGUUCGAAGGGGUAGAGUGUAAUGGAAGGCAGUAUGGCCUCUAAGAUUUCUGGGGAUGGAAACUAUCUACGGUUGCAAAAUUGUAGAUGGUGGAUUAGGGUUUUCCUUUUCCACAUGUUUCCUGAUUCAGAUGGGUAUGAGACGAAAGAGGGGAAAAGAAGGGAUUUUUAAUUUGUUUUGUUUAAUGGGAAACUUGUAUCACAUGUUUGACUAGCCACUUUUCCUGCUUGAAAGGAGGGGGGAUGGCCUCUUAGGUGCCAGCUGCUUUAUUUUUGUGGGCAAGUUGAGUAAUUACUUUAGAUCCUUACUUUCAGUUCACAUGAUACCUUGUACACAAGAAGCCAUUGAUUGUGUGGUGUUUUCCCCUCUUUUGUCUCUUCUUGUGGCUUUCAGCUCAUGCCUUGUACAUUGUCACUCUCAAAAGUGGUCUUUUGGAUUGCUUGGCUCUGAAUAUACUACAGGUAGUAGUAGUUGAUCUUCCAAGCCUGUUAUAACAUGCAGAAAUCUGCCCCUUGCUGUGUUUCUGCAGCAUUUCUUUGAUCCAUUGAAGUUGCAGCCAGGCUUAUGCUCUUGGAAGAAAACAGACACAAUAUGGCUUAUUCAAAUUCAAGAUCUGUAAGGUUUAGAGAUGAUCUUGAAUUGACAAAGCACCAAACAAUGAAUGUAGAUGGGACAGUCAAGCUCAAAUUCAACAUAAAUGGGACUCAUAUGUCCGAGUCCAGUGCCAAGAGCUCUCAGAGAGAUGUAAGGAAUGGAAAAUCACUGAAGGCCAAAGUUCUGUCUCGAGUUUUCUCGGAGGAUUACGAGAGAGUGAAGAGGAACAUAUUAGACCCUCGAGGGCCAGCAGUUCGAAGAUGGUCUAAGAUCUUUCUAGUGGCAUGCUUACUUUCUUUGUUUGUCGACCCUCUCUUCUUCUACUUGCCAAGAGUUAACAGGACUGCGUCGUGCAUAGACAUCGGGAGACCCCUUGAAUUCACCCUCACAGUUCUUAGAACAGUAGCAGAUAUAUUUUACAUGGUCCAUAUUUUCAUAAUGUUUCGGACAGCAUAUGUUGCACCUUCUUCUCGAGUUUUUGGGAGAGGGGAGCUCGUUAUUGAUCCUGAAAAGAUCGCCUCGAGGUACCUUAGAUAUAACUUCUGGCUUGACCUUAUUGCAGCCCUCCCUCUUCCUCAGGUACUAAUUUGGUUAAUCAUACCAAACCUUGCUGGUUCAACCAUGGCUAACACGAAAAACGUCCUCCGGUUCAUCAUCAUUUUCCAGUACAUUCCAAGACUUUACCUAAUCUUCCCACUCUCUUCCCAAAUCGUUAAAGCCACUGGGUUUGUGACAGAAACAGCUUGGGCUGGAGCUGCUUAUAACUUGAUGCUUUACAUGCUGGCAAGCCAUGUUUUAGGAGCUUGCUGGUACCUUCUAUCAAUAGAAAGGCAAGAAUCAUGCUGGAUAAGUGCAUGUGACAAGGAGAAGCCAUAUUGCAACUUCAAGUUCUUUGAUUGCCAGUCGGUUGGCAACUCUGUCAGGGACUUGUGGUUCAAGUCGAGCAACGCUUCGAGCCUGUGCAAGCCGGAUAACGAGUUCUACCAGUUCGGGAUCUAUGGCGAUGCAUCAACUUUCGGUGUUUCAUCCACAUCAUUCUUUGACAAGUACUUUUAUUGCCUCUGGUGGGGCUUAAAGAACCUUAGCUCGCUGGGGCAGAACCUUUCAACAAGCACUUAUGUAGGGGAAAUAGCUUUCGCCAUCAUUAUUGCAACUCUUGGUCUGGUGCUCUUUGCUUUGCUCAUUGGGAAUAUGCAGACAUACCUGCAAUCUACAACAGUUAGGCUAGAAGAGUGGAGGAUCAAAAGAACCGAUGCAGAGCAAUGGAUGCACCACAGACAGCUACCUCCUGAGCUCAGGAAUUCUGUCAGGAAAUAUGAUCAAUACAAAUGGCUUGCCACCCGUGGAGUUGAUGAAGAAACCCUCCUCAAAGGCCUCCCAUUGGACCUCCGUAGAGACAUCAAACGCCACCUCUGCCUCGAUCUCGUUCGUCGUGUUCCGCUGUUUGAUCAAAUGGACGAGAGAAUGCUGGAUGCAAUAUGCGAGCGGCUUAAACCGGCUUUAUCUACGGAAGGCACGGUUCUGGUACGAGAAGGAGACCUGGUGGACGAAAUGCUGUUCAUAAUUCGCGGCAAUUUGGAUUCCUACACCACCAACGGCGGCCGGACGGGGUUUUUCAACUCCUGCAAGAUCGGUCCCGGCGAAUUCUGCGGCGAGGAACUGCUGACGUGGGCGCUGGACCCGCGUCCGAGCGUCCUGCUCCCGUCUUCCACUCGCACAGUCAAGGCCAUUUCUGAAGUGGAAGCUUUCGCUCUGCGAGCAGAGGAUUUGAAAUUCGUGGCAUCCCAAUUCAGGAGAUUGCAUAGUAAGCAGCUGAGACACAAGUUCAGGUUCUACUCGCACCAGUGGCGGACGUGGGCAGCGUGCUUUAUCCAGGCGGCGUGGCGUCGGUACAAGAAGAGGAAGGAAUUGGCGGAGCUGAGAGCUAGGGAGGAAGGGAGCUGCGAUGAUGAUGAUCGGCGGCGGGACGAGGCGGUGGAGGCGGUGAAGAAGGGUGGUUUCGCGGCGGUGUACACGGCGAAGAUGGCGACGAGCACGAGAAAGGGAGUGACGAUCAUGAAGCAUUCUUCUUCCUCUGGGUCGGGUUCCAGCGUCGUUAAUGUGAAUUCGUUGCAAAAGCCUUCCGAACCUGACUUUUCUGUGGUUGAGGAUUAAGAACUAAAGUUUGUUUUUUUAAUUCCUUUUUCGGUUGCUGCCGGCGCCGGAGAUAUGUGUGAGAAAUGUGAAUGCAAUGGGUUUUGUAGAGAGGGUAAAAGGGGGAAAGUAAUGUACAUCGAUCGACUCUGUGAUUUGAUUCCUAUAGCAGAGACGUAGGAGGAAGAAGAAAGAAAAUCAAUCCUAUUGAUUUUUAGUUGCCUUUCUAGUUUCUACAUAUGCUUCAAUCGAGUUGCUUGAGUUAAUUCUAUACAACUUGUGAGUUAAUCGAGCUACAACAAAUCAAACUAGAUUCGCUGA